AAUACUAUGGCGUGCAACAGCAAAUUAGUUAUUCGGAGAAUGAAAUUGAAAACAAGUGAAAUCCUUGCAACACAUCUCGUCUUACCUGAUUCUCCCCCUCCAAAAAUCCUAAUCCCAAAUUUUUCCUCACAUCCUUUUUCGUCGUCUAGAAUUCAAACAAUUUCGUUAUUGCAAAAAUCAACAUCAAGCGAGCUUUCCCAGUCCAUGAUCAUUUCCAGGGUUAUAGAAGAGAAGUAGAACAAGUGUUCGUGAUGUCUUUAGAGACCUUUCAUUGUGGCGUAGAUGAUAAAUGUGCAAAGAAAAGUUCAGAAACUAGUGAAAGCAAUAGGAGUAUUAAUUCACAUCUUGUGAUAUUUGACUGGAGAGGAACCAAUAGACAUACUUAUUCAAACCCUGAGAUCAUUUAUCGUAGUGGAAGGAGUAGGCAUACUAAGUCAAAUCCUGAGAUAAUUGACGGAAGUGAAAGUAGUAUUACCUCAGAAAGGCACACAAUUGUUAUAUCUAGAGUUAAAAGUGGUAAGAAAGAUACUUCUAACACACAAAUCAAUGGCAUUGAAAGCAUAUCAAACUCAGCCAGAAAGGUGGAUUCUUCCUUUAUGUUAGAAUCAUCAAGUGAUAGCUCGGAUAAUGUGGAUAUCACCACAUCUAGCACAUCUAAAUACUCAUCCAAAUAUGGAACAAAUUAUCCUUCUAGUAGUGAGAGCUUUGUCAAAUCUGAGCAUGGCAACAAACUUGUUGCCACCCCACCUUCAUUUCAAGAUUAUGGUGUCCAGAAGAGGAAUGAUUUUCCACUAACUGCAAGACCUCCCAUCCAGGUGAUGGAUCGAUCGUCAGGAUAUGAUGCUUCUAGGAUCCCAUCUUCAAUAUUCGAGAAGCCUGCAAAUCCAUUGGACUGGAGUGUUGCUUCUAAUGAAUCAUUAUUUAGCCUUCAUGUAGGGAAUCUUAGUUUCAACAGAGACCAUGUAUUUGUGAAUUAUGAAGUAAGCAUGCCCCAUGAAGUCCCCCAAUCUGGUGACAUAAGUGAGGACAUUCAUUCUCCCAUAAUAGAGGAGAUCAGCAAUGUCACACAGAGUGACGUCGUAGAGAGCCUGCAGAUCUACAGAACAUCAAGUGCAUCUUUCAUGAUAGAAGAAAUUCCUUGUAUAGACCAAUAUGAAAUAAAAGAUUUAUCACGAGCAGAAAGUGACAAUUCAUCCGGAUCCUUGACUGUUGACCUUACUCAAAUUACCAGAACCACCCCAAAGCAAUCUUUUUCUUUUCCAGCUUUGAUGGAACCAAAAAGAAUUAGUACAACAGAGACGGAUAUUUCUCAACAGACACCAUAUGAAAAGCAAGAAUCAUCAGUAAAAGAAACUAGAAAACCAAGAACCAGUUGCUGGAGUUGUCUCAAAUCUUGCAAUUGGUGUUAUUGCUUUCCUUGUCCUUCUUGUGCUUUCUGUAAUAGUUGUUGUAAAUGGAAUGCUUGUAAAUGUUGCAGUUGAUUAGUUACUAUUUUCAUUCAUUAGGUACCUACCUUUCAGGUUUCAAAUGUGAAUGCGCGUCAUAGAUGUUGGACAAAAUUUUUUUUUACUUCAUAUGUGCCACCAUCCAUUUUAAAUGAUGGCUUAUGAAUUAGU